AUGGAGCCUGGUGUCCCACCAAUAGAACAAAUGAGACUUCAAGAUAAUAUACAUUUAAAAAUACGUUUCGAAGCUGUUGUGAGUUGUCAACAUUGCAAUGACCCCCACAAAAGGAAUGAAAUAAUCCACAAAGUAGAGGACUAUUUCAGACAUCACCCUGACCUAAAUCUCCUGCAAACAGUUGUAGAACACUAUAUAUAUCCCGACAUGUACAUGGUUGACCUAGGACGGCACCCCCAUCACUUUCACGAGCAUCCACAUCACCACGGACUGGAGCACCUCGUACAUGACAUGGAUAAUCUAAACAAUGAAUGUGUUUCGGAAAUUCUCUACAGGAUUGAAGAGAUUCUUGGCUUGCCACAUCUUGGGAAAACUACUCCUAUCACACACGCACCACAUCAUACAACCACCACCACUCCUGCCCCAAUUACAACAACCAAGGUACCAUUCACCACCACCACGGCACCUACAACCACCACUGUCCCACCUCUGAACGUCUCCCAUACAUGUAACGGAUUAGAAUUUGUGCAAACUGUGGCAAUUGGAAAAACAGUGGUGAACACAAAAGCCGGUUUGUGUACUGACGGAACCCACAGCCAGUCAGAGGCUCUGGUACUAAAAACGUGUCAUGCAGCUGACCCAGCUACCUGGUCGAAAGGAUACAAUGUUAUGCAGAAUUGUCCAAGAAUUCCUAAGUACACACCAAUAUCUACAUUUGUUUUUGGGAUGUAUCCUAUGGAUGGGUCUGCAAUGUCAGGAGUUUUUAUCAAAUGUACUUCGGACGGAUUCCAGAUGUCUAUUCAGGUUUGUGGACACGGUCCUCUAAUAUUUAAUGUUCAUGCCGGCCCUGGAAACCAAGGACGUGAGAACGCUAAUAACUACUACACUAUAGACUGGUGA